GUGGUCACGUGAUGUCGUAUUAGCUCGCUGACUCUGCUAUGUUUGUCGUUUGUGCUAACGUUUUAGAAAUGCUAAAUUUCUCGCUUUUAUCGGUUUAUUGUCAUCGAUGGACGCCCUGCAGCUGCUCGAAGACCCGUUUUUAUCGAGGCUUGUCGAGGAGUUUGGCCACAAAAACGCCAGCUGUCGGCCUGCAUGUCACGUGACCAGCAUGCGGCUGAGCGUUUGAUAAAAGAUGGCGUGAGCGCGGCGGAGCGAAGAGGACAACAAACCCCGAACUACUGAGCGCCGCCGAAUGCGAGCCGGAGCGGCCGUUGAACUGUCAAAUGGAUCCUGGACAGGAUUUGCUUCUCGCUGCCCUGAGUGAGAGUGGCAUUUGCCCAAAUGAUAUUGGCUUAUUUGAUGUUGAUUCUCAGGAUGUUGCACAGCCCUCUACAACCCAGCAAUCUAUCUCCAUCAGUGCCCUGGAUGUUGGCGUGGGGACGGAGUCAGUGGACGUGGUUCGAACUGAGCCUCCAGCUCCAGUCCCUAUAGUUACUAUCAGGCACAAACCUCAGCCAUCAACCACCACGUUUGUCUUAAAUCAGCUGAAUCAGUUGCCGUCGCUUGGAGCUGUUGUGACCAAGCAGUCAGCCACAAACAAUAUCAAACAUACCAUAACCGUCACCAAGGUGGUCCAUGUUGCUAAUUCAGCCCUGCGAGGUUCUUCAACCCCCUCUUCCACAAGUACUAUUCCACCUUCAGCGCCCACAGUAGUGCCUUCUAACAGAGAUCAGAUUCAGUUGAAAGACCUUCUCAGGACUGGCAAUGUGAAGGGCACCGGUCUAAAGGGCAACAGUCUGAUGGAGCUCAUGAAGCUGAAGCCCCCACCUGACAUUACUACACCAGUAGCAACAGCAACGGCCACAGGAGAAAUGAACAAUGGACUCAAGAAGGAAGUAUUGGGUAAAGAUGCUGCCAGGAUCUGGAUUAAUGACAGCAUUAAAACACAAAACUUCUCACACUCUCUGAAACCUCCAGGGAUGAAGGAGGAAGAUGAGCCCGAGGAGGAAGAGGAAGAUGAGUUGGGCCAUGCAGAAACAUAUGCAGAGUACAUGCCAAUGAAAUUAAAGGUUGGCCUGCGGCAUCCUGAUCCUGUGGUGGAGACCAGUUCCCUGUCCAGUGUUAGUCCUCCAGAUGUGUGGUACAGACUGUCCAUCCCGGAAGAAGUCAUCGACAGUGGCUGCCUGUCCGCUCUGCAGCUGGAAGCAAUCACAUACGCAGCUCAGCAACAUGAGACAUUCCUCCCCAGUGGUGAUCGAGCCGCCUAUUUGAUUGGUGAUGGAGCUGGUGUGGGGAAAGGCCGGACCAUUGCAGGUGUCAUCUAUGAGAAUUACCUUUUGGGCAGGAAGAGAUCACUUUGGUUUAGUGUCUCAAAUGACUUGAAGUAUGACGCUGAACGGGAUUUAAGGGAUAUAGGAGCCAAAAACAUCCAGGUUCACUCACUGAACAAGUUCAAAUAUGGCAAAAUCUCCUCAAAACACAACGGGAGUGUGAAGAAAGGUGUGAUAUUCGCCACCUACUCUUCCUUGAUAGGAGAGAGCCAAUCAGGAGGGAAGUACAAGACCAGAUUUCAGCAGCUUCUCCACUGGUGUGGGGAGGACUUUGAUGGAGUCAUUGUCUAUGACGAGUGUCACAAAGCCAAAAAUGUGUGUCCAAUCGGAUCAUCCAAACCUACAAAGACUGGGCUUGCAGUGCUGGAACUGCAGAACAAACUCCCCAAGGCUCGGGUUGUGUAUGCAAGUGCUACAGGUGCCUCUGAACCACGAAAUAUGGCCUACAUGAAUCGGCUGGGCAUCUGGGGCCACAAAACACCUUUCAAAGAGUUUGGCAACUUCAUCCAAGCGGUCGAGCGCAGAGGUGUAGGUGCCAUGGAGAUAGUUGCUAUGGACAUGAAACUUAGGGGGAUGUACAUCGCAAGACAGUUGAGUUUCACGGGUGUGACUUUCAAGAUUGAGGAGGUUCCCCUGACUCAGAAAUAUAUUCACAUGUACAACAAGUCAGUGAGACUGUGGGUGAGUGCACGUGAGAAGUUCCAGCAGGCUGCGAACCUCAUGGAUGCAGAGCAGCGCAUGAAGAAGUCCAUGUGGGGCCAGUUCUGGUCUGCUCACCAGAGGUUCUUCAAAUACCUCUGCAUUGCCUCCAAAGUCCGCAGAGUGGUCCAGCUGGCCAGAGAGGAGGUCCAGAAUGGAAAGUGUGUGGUGAUAGGUCUUCAGUCCACUGGAGAAGCAAGAACACUCGAGGCGUUGGAGGAAGGAGGAGGAGAGCUCAAUGACUUUGUGUCAACUGCAAAAGGUGUGCUGCAGUCCCUGAUUGAGAAGCACUUUCCAGCCCCUGACAGACAGAAGCUUUAUAGCCUGUUAGGAAUCGACCUCUCAGCCAAGAAGACGCCCUCUCCCAGUGACACUGCAGCACAGCCAGAGCAGAAGGGCAAGAAAAGGAAAGGUCCAGAGGUCAAAAAGCAGCAGAAAAAGAAGCCUCGCAAGCACGGUGGAUUGUCAGGUACCAGCUCAGAGGAGAGCCAGUCAGAGGAGUCGGACAAAGACUCUGGUAAAGACUGCGACAGUGACGACAGCUUCAAAUCUGUCAGCUCGGCAGAUGAAGACGACGACUUCAACCCAUUCAGAGAUGAGUCUGAUGACGACGCGGAAGAUGAUCCUUGGCUAAUCAGAAAGGAACCAAAGAAAGGAAAAGAGAAGAAGAAAAAGAGAAGGAAGAGUAUUGAUCCAGACUCCAUUCAAAGUGCCUUGUUAGCCUCUGGGCUGGGCUCUACCAGGCCUGCUUUCACUGCCUCUGUUAACCCAUCCAGCACCCCUGCCACAGUCAAGGCAGAGAUUCAGGACAGCUGCAUUACAAGUCAUGACGCAGUGGAACAUGCCCAGAAAAUGAAGAGAGAUCUGCUGGAAAAACUCGAGGAGCUAGCUGAGGAGCUACCUCCCAACACUCUGGACGAGCUAAUAGAUGAACUCGGAGGACCCGACAAUGUAGCUGAGAUGACUGGCCGUAAAGGUCGUGUGGUCAGUAACGACGAUGGCACCAUCACCUACGAAUCUCGCUCUGAGCUCGACGUCCCAGUGGAAAUCCUCAAUCUCACAGAGAAGCAGAGGUUCAUGGAUGGAGAGAAGAACAUUGCCAUCAUCUCAGAAGCUGCCAGCUCAGGUAUUUCCCUGCAGGCCGAUCGUCGAGUGAAGAACCAGCGGCGGAGAGUCCACAUGACGCUCGAGCUGCCGUGGAGUGCAGACAGAGCUAUACAGCAGUUCGGGAGAACUCACAGGUCAAACCAGGUCACAGCACCAGAAUAUGUCUUCCUCAUAUCGGAACUUGCAGGAGAGCAGAGAUUCGCAUCCAUUGUUGCCAAAAGGCUAGAAAGCCUGGGUGCUCUCACUCACGGAGACAGAAGAGCAACAGAAACUCGAGAUCUCAGCAGGUUUAAUUUUGACAACAAAUACGGCAGAAACGCUCUGGAAAUCGUGAUGAAGUCGAUCGUAAAGCUCGAUGCUCCGUUAGUGUCUCCACCCUCUGACUUUAAAGGAGAUUUCUUCAAAGAAAUUCAGGGAGGAUUAAUAGGCGUGGGCCUUAUAAAUGUGGAGGACAGAUCCGGCACACUGUCACUGGACAAAGACUACAACAACAUCGGGAAGUUCCUGAACCGUAUUUUGGGUAUGGAGGUCCAGCAGCAGAAUGCCUUGUUCCAGUACUUUGCUGACACAUUGGGAGCAGUGAUCCAAGAAGCCAAGAAGAAUGGCAGAUAUGACAUGGGCAUUCUUGAUCUUGGCUCUGGUGAUGAGAAGGUGAAGAAGGUGGACUGCAGGAAAUUCCUAACACCGGGCUACACCACAUCAGGACACGUGGAACUCUACACAGUGAGUGUGGAGAGAGGAAUGUCGUGGGAGGAGGCGACGCAUGCAUGGGCAGAACAGAACGGACCAGAUGAUGGCUUCUAUGUACAGACGAGGAACAAUAAGAAAACAGCCAUACUGGUCAAAGAGGUGAACACCAAGAAGAGGCUCUUCCUGGUGUACCGGCCGAACACCGGCAGACAGCUCAAACUCGAGACGUACACAGACAUCAAGAAGAAGUUUAAAAAGGUCUUAUCAGAAGAUGCCAAGCAGCACUGGACCGACCAGUACAAGUCAUCUGCACAAAUCUGCUCUCAUGCAUAUUGGCGGGGGAACUGUAAGAAGGCGUCAGUCGGCCUGCAGUGUGAAGUUGGUCUUCGGUGCAGGACGUACUACGUUCUGUGCGGCUCGGUGCUCAGUGUGUGGAACGAGGUGGAGGUAGUGCUGACUCCACUCAGUGGAACCAAUGUAAAGGUGCAGAUUGUGCGCCUCAGAACAGAAGAUGGACAGAGGAUAGUUGGACUGAUCAUUCCAGCGAACUGUGUGUCUGCACUAAUUAACAAGCUCUCAACGUCGGACCAGUGCCAGCAGCUCGCUGUGCAGGAGCAGCAGAAGCGGCAGCAGCUCCACCCCCAAAGUCUCAGUCAUGCACCCAGCACAUAGUCUGGGGUGGACUACUCGGCUUCAUGGGUGUUGAUCCCAUCUCCACCCCCUCAAGCCUGAAGGGAUCGGACUCAUCAGUCGCUAUCUCUGCACUGCAGGCUCCAGGACCGCUGUCCCCCUUGUUCUGCACCCUCACACCCCCUCAGAUGUAAAGAAGUGGUUGUACAGAGUAAAGAUUUCAGGGUUUUUCUUUUCUGUUUCCUUUUUUUUUAAAUCUCCAGAGACUCUUGUUUUCACCUAGAGAGAUUUGAUGGGUGAUGUUUUGUCCUCUGACAUUCAGAGUGAAAAGAUUUGGAAUAUUUGAUCGAGACUGAGUUGAAACCCAGAGGGCAUGUUGGCCUGUGAGUCAUCCACGCCUCACCCAUGCUUUAUGCUGUUCAGUCCGGACUACCUGGUAUGAAGCAAAGACUUCUUGGUUCAGGCCAAAGGUGGAUGAGACAAAGACCACUGUGUCUUUGAAAGUCUGAGGGCUGCUUUGAUCCAUUCAAGUGGGCAUUUAAUGCUAAACUGCAAUCUGAUAUUAAUAUAUGAUGAAAACUAUCAGUUUAUUGCUCCUCAGACAUUAUUCAGUACUAAUAAAGAGAACAAAACAGUUCUUUGAAGUAGAGAAAGUGAUGCAGAAUAUUAGUCCAGUUAAAUACAGGAAACCUGACAUGUGCUAAAUUUCUGAUUCCCUGCAGCAAAAAGCCCAAAAUAUCUUAAUUGUCAGGAUCCACUAGCAUCAUAAUCACAGACCAGUUUGUUUUUUACUCAUCUUUGUUUUGCACAUGGGUCUCAAAUUGACCCCAGGUCCUUGGUUCCUUUAAUUCCGGAUUUGUUCCUCUUUGUCCAUCAUGUGGCAUUAGAGGAUAGAUUCACAACUCACCAAAAAAGCCUGGUGUCGCUCUGAACAUCAGAACAGGUUUUUCUUGCUGUAAUCUUUCCUCCUGUUCGUACUGGCCCUGAAGAGAUCCAUUCCUAAUGUGCUUUCAAAGGACAAGAUAGAGAAUGAAACCACAGCCCUCUGUUUGUGUAAGCAUGGAGGCCGCGAUGAGUCGAUAUCCUCCAAAGUUACCGUCUUUUCAGUGCUAAACUCCCUUUAUGUGUCUCCCUGUUUAGCUGCAGUAGGACAGGAACUGAACUCUUGAUUUGGCUCAGUCUGCUGAAGCCUCAGAUUCAUUUUGGUUAAACUUUUGAAUUAAGGCCUGUGGGUUUCACACCCAUCACUUCCACUGAAAGCACUCUUUUAAUUGUUGGUUUGAACAAGAAGAAUGAUUGUAGCAAUCCAAACCUGUUUCGGAGUUUUAAGACUGACUUGACAAAGUGUGAACUGAAACCGUUAACAGCCGGGAGUUUUUCACAUGUUGCUUUGUGUCAGUACAAAUAGCUGCUGUAGUCGGGCACCUUUUACAAAGCACAGACAAGACUGCGGUGAAAGAUUUGCUCAUUUUAGUGUCGGCCGUUCACUGGUUUCUGUUCAUUAAAGUAGGAAAAAGUUUCCCAAAGAUGAAUACUGAAGCUGUAAAAAAAAAAAAAAUAAAAUGUGAGGAAUGAGUUCAGAUUGUGUUAUCAACAAACCAAACUUUCAACACACUGGAUUCAUCACAUUACUCCAAGUCUCCCUAUUCAACAGUACAGUACGUGGUUUAUGACACACAAUGUAGUUAUAAAGAGAAGGACUCUACCGAUAACUACAGUUUCUCCUGUAAACACGUCUUGUUUCAACUGUUUCACUUCAUUGGCAUUAAUGUCAUCAUACAGCAGCAUCCAGUCAUGGAGUCACAGCUGUCAGAUAUAUUAAUAAACACUUCACACGCUGGCUGGACUAACUGUCAUUCAAAGGAGAGGAAAGAGAAACUUUAAUCCAGAGCAAAGGAGUCGUGAGAAAAGUGAGAUGCAUGUUCAUGACAAAGACCAUCACUUUUUUUUAUUUUCAGACUGGUUUCAGAUCAGUGUUCAGACGUUACUUUUUUAUUUUGUCGCUUUUUUAAAUGGAAUUCUGCUCAGGGGUUAAACUCGUACAAAGACCCUCUUUGAAAAACAAAACAAAGAAAAUCUUUAGAGUUUUAUCUGAAAUGCAUGACCAUAACACGAAUGCUCCUUCUAUACCUCUAUUCAGUAACGUUGCUCUGUGGUCGGCUGUAUUUACAGCUCGCGUCCUCAUGUGUACGUGUUUCGAACACGUCUCUCUUAUUCCUCUGCUUUCUCCAGCCGAGUUGUAAUUAAAAUGGACGAUUGCUUCUGUUGAAUAGAGAAUCUGUUCUAGCUACACUAGAUCUGCACUGGAAGGGACAGACCGGAGUGUGGAGACAUGAGCUGUCCCCGUAGCGGACGAUUAAAGAUGCUCAGACACAUCCUCAUCCUGUGGAUUAGUUCAUGUUAUUUAGUGUGUUUUCUCCUCUGUCCUUGAUCGAUGCAUUUAAAAACGAGUGAAAUAGGAAGAAGUCUUUGUAUCAUACCGAUGUGCAUUUUGUACACUUUGUAAAAGGAUCAGAACUGAAAUUCUUCAUGCAGAACAUCUCAGCUGUUGGACAGAACUGGGGGAGACUUUCCUGAAAAGGUCUGCGCUCUCAUUCCAAGUCACAUCUUUUAACUUGAAUGUCCACCAUUGCAUAAGCCAACAGCACGUUUUUAUUUUGUCUUUUGAGAUGUUGUGUUCUCGGGCUGCCGACUUGGUAACGUGGUGUUUUGGAUGCUGUGCAGCGUCGCAGCUGAUCUGCUCCUCUGAAGUCGAAACACUUGAAGGACUUCCCCCCCUUUCAUCGUUGCACGAGUUGCACUACUGACAGAGUUGUACAAAUAUUCAUCAUGUCCUGUACAUGAAUGAGUGCAAUGCUCAAUAAAGCUUGGUAUACUUCUA